CUCCCCCCGCCCCAAGCCCACCGGACCUGAAUGAAGACAAGCUAGUCAGUCCUCCGCUACGGCUAACUAAACUGCGGAACUACAGCAGCAGUACAGCCCGUUGAUCGUCAUUUGUAGACUGAAGUUGAGGUACAGCGUUAACAUUAAGGCCUUCUUUAUCGUUCACUCUUGCGAGUAGCGUAUGGACUGCAGCUAAGAGAGCUAACCACAACAGUCACAAGUUGCUCGUUAAGUUAAUGUUAGCUAGUUGCGUCGUUUGACAGCUAACGCUAACUAGCUAGUCUCAUUGGUAUUCGACGUCAGUUUCAAAACAAAGCCCGCAAAACCGAGAAGUUGGGACUCAGCUGUCACCUCUAAAAUAGCUUGCUACAAAACAAGCUAUCUUGAUUGAAGUCUGUCAAACGACUUUAGAUAAAUUACGCUAUCCAGCCGAUGUUUUGCACACUCAGUUAAUGCCUAAUUAACGUUAUUUCGUUGGCGUUAAGCUAAAUUAAAGAAGCUGUCAGCAGGUUAGACAGUGACGCGUUUGAACUGAUAACUAAUCCAGCAGCUAGCGAUAAGCUAUUCUGCUCUGUCGAUAAAAUCGGAGUCAAGUUGUCUUCGAAUCUUGGAUUUAAAUGUCCGAGAAGAGUUCAUCGUCCGGAUCGGAUGAGGAUGUGGACCCAGAAUCUGGACAGCCUGUGGAGCUCGGAGGCAUUUUAAGCAAGUGGACAAAUUACAUACACGGAUGGCAGGACCGAUGGGUCGUGUUGAAAAACAAUACUUUGAGCUACUACAAGUCGGAGGAUGAACGGGAGUACGGCUGCAGGGGGUCUCUCUGCCUCAGCAAGGCUGUCAUCACACCUCAUGAAUUUGACGAGUGUCGUUUUGACAUCAGCGUGAACGACAGUGUUUGGUACCUCAGGGCUGAAGAUCCUGAGCACAGACUCCAGUGGAUUGAGUCAAUAGAGCUGCACAAGGCCGAGUCUGGUUAUGGUUCAGAGACCAGUCUGAGGCGUCAUGGUUCCAUGUUGUCUCUCACCUCUGCAGCCAGUGCCUUGUCUGCCACAUCCACAUCCUCCUUCAAGAAGGGGCACAGGUUGCGUGAGAAGCUAGCAGAAAUGGAAACUUUUCGGGACAUUCUGUGCAGACAAGUAGACACCCUGCAGAAAUACUUUGACUCCUGUGCUGAUGUGGUCUCCAAAGAUGAAUUUCAGAGAGACCGAGUUGAGGAGGACGAAGACGACUUUCCUACCACUACAAGACCUGAUGGUGAAUAUAAUCACAACAAUAAUGGCAGCAAAGAGAAAUUGUUUCCCCCUGCCAGCCCCAAAGGUAUCAACGGGAUUGACUUCAAGGGUGAGGCCAUCACCUUCAAGGCCACAACCGCAGGCAUCCUCUCUACGUUGUCCCACUGCAUCGAAUUGAUGGUCAAACGAGAGGACAGCUGGCAGAAAAGAUUGGACAAGGAGCUGGAGAAGAGGAGGAGGGUAGAAGAUGCCUACAAGUCCGCUAUGCAUGAACUGAAGAAAAAGUCACACUAUGGAGGCCCAGACUAUGAGGAGGGUCCAAACAGUCUGAUCAAUGAAGAUGAGUUCUUUGAUGCAGUGGAGGCGGCACUGGACAGACAAGACAAGAUAGAGGAGCAGUGCCAGUCGGAGAAGGUCAGGAUAUCUCAGUCUUCUUCGGUUACAUCUGGAGACGCCUACUCCACCAUUGGUACACACCGAUUGGCCAACAAGCUCCAUAGCCAUUCUUCUUCCCUGUCUUCCACUGAGCUGGUCAGUGCUUUGGAUGACGUUCACAGAUUCAGCGCUCAGGUGGAGGAGAUGGUGCAGAAUCAUAUGACUUACUCUCUUCAGGAUGUGGGUGGAGAUGCCAACUGGCAGCUGGUAAUAGAAGAAGGAGAGAUGAAGGUGUACAGGAGAGAAGUGGAGGAGAACGGUAUCGUCCUGGAUCCUCUCAAAGCUACACAUUGUGUGAAGGGGGUGACGGGACAUGAGGUCUGUCACUACUUCUGGGACACAGAUGUCCGAAUGGACUGGGAGACCACCAUUGAAAAUUUCAACGUUGUGGAAAAGCUCUCUGAUAAUGCCAUCAUUGUUUACCAGACACACAAGAGAGUGUGGCCUGCCUCUCAGAGAGAUGUACUCUAUCUGUCAGCCAUCAGGAAGAUCAUGGCAACAAACGAAAAUGAUCCCGACACGUGGCUGGUCUGCAACUUCUCUGUCGACCACAACAAUGCCCUUCCCACAAACCGGUGUGUACGUGCCAAAAUCAAUGUCGCCAUGAUCUGCCAAACACUGGUCAGCCCGCCAGAGGGUGAUAAAGAGAUCAGCAGAGACAACAUCCUUUGUAAGAUUACCUACGUUGCCAAUGUAAACCCAGGAGGCUGGGCUCCAGCCUCUGUCCUCAGAGCUGUGGCCAAGAGAGAGUAUCCCAAGUUCCUCAAACGCUUUACCUCCUACGUCCAGGAGAAAACUGCUGGGAAGCCCAUCCUCUUCUGAACACAAAGAGGCUUGCGAAGGGUCGAGGUUUCCCACUGGAGAGGCUACGCUGUUCAUAGUUGAACAGGCUCUCCAUAACUACAAUACCCUUUCAACCGACAAUUAAAAGGUGUUUUGAGACUACUACAUGCGGGCGGACACCAUAUCAUCCACAGUACACCUGCUUGUAGAGGAGACUGGUUUUACAGCUUUAAUCAAUCAGUAGUUCUCAUCCCAGCCACAUUAUAAUGGCGUAACACCAUCUGUUGGUCAUGGGUACAUUUGUAUGUACAUUCAAGAGUUUCCUAAGUGGUUUUUGAAUUGUUGUUACCAAUUAUUUGCUUUUUUUGUAAAUUGUUUUGUACAUUUCUUAUGAUUACAUACUUCUCGACUUGUUUGGGUUUGCUUUAAUCACUAGUAUUACAGCUACUUGUUUCGCUGCUGCUAAAGUAACUACCAUGAGUGAGGACAGUAGAUAUUGACAGGAAAAGCAUUGAUGAGGUGUGGUACAGUGUCUCCUCUUUCUUGCCUUCUCCUGUCCCUCUAGUGAUGACUCUGCAGUUUGAUGGAGGGUCAGAGCCUAAAGCUUUGAAAUCUUUAUAUUUCUAGAUUGUUAUAAAGUAGCUUUUGGAGAGCACCAUGGACACAAUGUAUUGUACAGAGAAAACAGACUAAGUUUUCAGUUAGUUUACCAAUGUGAGAAAUGUGAAUUGACUGUUAAAACGCUUGAAUUUGAUGACUGUAAUGGGCCAAGGAAACCUGAAGUGGGAGAUGAAGAGCAUUUUUUUAAAGUCGAAUUAACUCAUGUUCAACAAUAUUUUUCUGAUAGUCAAACUGAUAAUCAAUAAUUGGAUAAGUAUCAUGUAGUUGACUGUGGUCUAUAGCUGUUAAGUUGCUGUCUAUUGUCAGUGUGUGUCUGUCUUGAACUUCCAUGUCACACACGGUUUCUGACACAUAUUUCCAAAUGACCAGCCGUAGUGACUGAUUAUUGAUCCUGUCUUUCGCUGAGAGAUGAGUGGAUACAUUUCGCACACACUUGUUUUUGUUUUUAGUUUUUUUCCCACUACUUUCAGUCCCUGUUGAGGCUGAUGAGAAAAUCUGUCCAUUCAUGGUUUGUAAAUUAGUCCUGCUGCUGUUCCGCAGGAUAAGGUAAUGUUGUAUAAUGCUGAGCAGGAUAUCAUCCAGUCCCUACAUUCUCAGUCAUACCCGUAACAUUACAUUUCACACGCCACACUACAGUGCAGUGGCCUCCUGCCCUUUGACUGAUAAACUACCCCUAGAAUGCCUUAGACACCAGGAUGAACCCUAAAAGUCCUGGCUUUCUCUACUGUACAGCCACCAGAUGUGCAUUUAUCAACACUGAAAUGAAGCUGGGGGGGAGGGGAGGGUCAGCAUUUCACAUCAUCUUACCUCAAGAUUUAUAUUUACUCUAGAUUGUGUUUAAUGCCAUCAUAAGUUGGGAGUUUUGCAAUCAGAUCUGCAUGCUUAAAAAUGUAACCAUCAGAUCUUCAGUCUAAGGGGCCAGAGGUCAUGAAGGAUCUGGAUAAUUGUUUUUGCUGAUGAUUACAAGAGCUAGAUCUAUGAGCAAUGUCAGCUGAAGAAUGCAUUUAGUGUUUUUAAUUUUGAUAUUUUGUCAGUAAUCUACACACUUUGUAUAUUUCUAAGUUGUACAUCAGAAGUGUUAUUAUUUGCACUAAAUGUAAUGCAAUUUGACAAUGUUCUGUAAAUUAAAAUUGUUACACAACAGAAUUGAAAGUGUUGCCGAGGGGAUUUUCUGCUGAUAAAUGACGGAUGGGUACACAGCAGUGAUGUGCAGAGAGAUCAUGUUAAAUGUUUAACACUGAAAAGUACUGCUUCAGAUACUAAAGCUGCUGAAAACAAGUAGACACUGAAUUUUUAGCAGUUUAUUUAUAUGAGUCUCUUCUAUAUAUAAAUAUGCAUUGUCUUUACAUUCAGCGAUUAAAGUUUUUUUUUUUUUUUUUUCAGCAAAUGGUAAAAUAUUGAGAUUUACAUAAAUUAUGGUCUUAACUGACGUGUGAUCGUGGAAUUCAACAUUUAUAGUUGGAUAUGGUCUUGAAGAAGAGGUAUCAGACGGCUUCUAAGUGUAGGAUGCAUGUCUCAUAACUUCUUGAAGAGGACACACUUAUUCAGUAUCAAAGGAUAUCCUGAGUAAAAGCAUCUUCAGUCGUGACGCAAACCUCACAAAACUAGUAGCUCCACAUCAAAAAUGAUCUACAAAGUUCCUUCAUUGUCUCUGUACAUGUAGUAUCAAUGACUUACAGAGGUGUGCAUUUGUAGAGUAAAAAGAGGGGGGGAAAAAAAAAAGUGCAUAUU